AUGGACAACGCCCAAGGUGUCAUCGAUGCCGACGUUUACACCUCAAGUGCGCAUAUCAUGGACCAAGAAGGGCUUUCGACAUUCAAGACGAGACUCCUGCAAUUAUGGCCAGGUACUCAGAAUCCAAGACAGGCGUUACAGAUUCCAUGCCUCAAUGAAAAUUCGUCGGUUGAUUGGAGUUGUGCCUCAGCUUUAGAUCCACUUCAAUCAUCCGACUGGCCUUCUGAGGAGAUCGAGAUGGCAAUGCCACCCAGUCUACUUUGGCCUGGCGAACACAUGCUUAAUGAUGAGGAUUGGAUGAGCAAUCUCGAGGGGUUUGAACCGGAAACGACUUCUACUGGGCCUAAAGGAUCCCAAGAAUUACAAAACAACCUCCCUGGCUCUCAGCUCAAUUCUGACUGUGGAUGCUCCAACCGAAGGUCCCGAUCCGCAGCACCCAUCCUCAUGCGAGGUUUACCCGCCUGA